AGUGAAGCUCAGGCGACAGAGGCGGCCUUGGAUUAGACCGUUAGCUGAACGGAGCUGAACCUGAAAACGUCAUUGAUCCGCUCAUCAGCUGAUUAUUAACUGAUUCAGUUAAUAAUCAGCUGAUUAUCAAUCUUUCAAACAGCUGAGAGGAAAACAUCUGGACUGAACUGAAAUUCUGCUUGUGCCGCAUUUGUGAUGAGUAAUGGUGGCCUUCCUCUGGAGGAGGAGGAGGAUGAAGAUGUUAGGUUUUGUCAUAAUGGGGAUCUAGAGGAAACUGAAAGUGUUUGGGUCCACAGAUGCUCACUGUCUGAUCUGGACCGAGCCUGUGGAGCCGAACCGGAACCAUGGUUCUGGUUUCGGAUGCGUGGAACCUCCUCUGCGUCUGCAUGGUGAACAAACAGGCAGGGGGCGCCGAUGAGAACCCCGGAGGAACCCGGAAGAGAAUCCCCAAGCUGAAGAUCCCCGCAAACAUCUGGAGCCACCGCAAACAGAAGAACCAGCAGAAAGACGACCAGCCGGACGGCGGCCAUGAGGAGGAAGAAGAGGAACAGCAGGAGGAAGAGCGACUGGAUGACCUCACCAGGAAGCUGAUCCUCAGGGAGGAAGAGCUCUUCACCCAAGACUGCCGCAGUGAGGAAGAGGAGGACCAGCUGCUGAAGGACUUUGAGUCUCUGAGCGUCCAGAUCUGGAUGGCCGUCCACAGCAGCUUCGACACCACGGCGCCCCCCGCUGGACGUCCGGACGUCCUGAGGAGCGCCGUGGAUGCCGUCCUGCAGCAGGAGACGCAGGACCUGCGCUGGACAGAGAGUCCCACGGACAGCGCCCCCGUCUGGCGACCGCUGAGGUGGCUGAGGACGCACAACCAGCUGCUGCAGAAAAUGGUGGAAAAACGACUGAAGGACGCAGGAGAGGACGAGACAGGAGACACUGGACAGCUGUCCUCUGUCACCAAGAGACAGGUGUUCCGCCUGGGGAAGCGUGUGAAGGAGGACCUGCUGAUGGCGGCGGUGGCGGUGAGGGACUGCUACCCGCCCAGGAUAGACAUCCUGAACAUCUAUGGCGGACUCUACCACCAGGCCUUCGGCGCCCACCUGGCCCAGCUCUCCUCCUCCGAACUGGACCUGGACGACUGCAGCUACCUGCUGUUCUGGGUCAACCACUACUAUCCUGAUGAAAUCCUGCAACAAAAAGAGCUGGACGGGAUCAAGACGGCCUGUCUGGGUUCUCUGCUGCUGCCGGACACUCUGAGGCGACUGGAGGAACAAUUCAUGAGCCACAGACAGGAAAAGGUGAAGCUGUGGCUCAGCACGGCUCUGAAGAAGGAGGAGGAGAGCUGGCUGAGUGGAAAAACGCCCGAACUGAUCGACUGUUACUACUUCAGUCCGCUGGCCAUCGAUGUCAUCCAGGUGGUGAACAGUUCCCUGACUGAGUUCAGCUGUGCCAUCAAAGACCAGAACAAGGUGCAGAGGCUUACGAUUCACCUGGAGAACUUUCUCAACAGCUACAGGAAGAGCGUGGAGGACCUGGUGAAGGCGAACCCCAGCAACCUGCAUCCAGUGCUAAAAGCUACGCUGGUCUGUGAGCAGCAGCUCAGAGAUUACAUAUCUGGUCAAGCUGAAGGUUUAGCUGAAGAUCAGAAGCGCCGAUGUCUGGAUACGCUCUCUGCUCUCAGGGAUUGUUGCUACCAGUAUUUUAUCUUCCCUCUUCACGGCAAGAUCAAGGUCUUCUUAAGUCCACUUUGGACGUCCGCCUGGGUGGACGGCUCACUUCCUGUCAUCGACCAGCUGCUGAGCUUUCUCAACCAACAACUGGCCGACCUGUCGGACCUGAAACCAGCCUGCAAACAGCCUCUGGUCUGCGACCUUCACCAAGACCUGGCCGCUCAGUACGUGAAGAAGACGAUGAAGACCAGGGUGAAGAGCCGACAGCAGCAGGUGGCCGGGUCCGAACGGAUGGUGGAAGACGCCAAGAAGAUGGACGGCUUCUUCAGAGAGGAGGGCUGCAGUUCGGCGCCGUGGCUCUCUGAAACGCUCUGCAGCGUCGCUGAGAUUCUCCGUCUGCAGGAUCCAGCCAGCAUUCACCUGGAGGUCGUCGAUCUGGCCCGAAGGUUCCCGGACUUCAGCGGCGCUCACGUCUCGGCGUUGCUGUCGCUGAAGUUCGGCCUUUCGGCGGCGGACGUCCGGUCCAUCAGAACCAGCGUGGAGGAGAACCGCCCCCUGGACGCCUCAGCCAAUCAGAGCCCUCCGUUCUUCUCCAGUGUUAAAGUCAAAUGGAUCAAUAACAAGAUCAACCAGAUGGCGAUCAAGAGUUAAAACAGUGCGACUCAAUGCUAAUGUUAGCAUAGCUUGUUGUUUCAUAUUAUCUGAAUGGCGUAUAAUGUAAACAUUAGCUUAGUGAUGCUAACAUGUUAGCCAGAAAUUUAAAAAGGGAGACUUGCUGCGUUGGAAAGCCAUCUGGUGUUCAUCAGGGCUCAGCUCUCGGUACCCUUCAGUUCUCCUUUUAUUACCAUUUAAGUGUUAGAAAAUGUGUCGUAUUUAAGCUAACUCUGCAACCAGACUCACUUUAAAUCCAUGCAGCUUCCUGCUACUUAACAAAGCCCUAAAGUAAUGAAUGUUGUAAGGCUGUGCAGAAUGUUUUUAAUGUGUACAGAAACAGAGGCAUGUAUCUGUUACUGUAGUCAUUUCAAUAAACGUAUUUAUUCAGCA